AUGCAACGAAAAUUUCCGAGGCUCUAUGGCAGCCGUCCAAUUGACGCACCUUAUCAAGGAUUAGGGAUUCCACUUAGUAGCACUUCCCACAACCUGGCCAUGCAUUCAGAUGAAGUCAAAGCAGCUAUCUGCGACCCUCCAUGUAUCUGCGUCGAUUGUGAACAGGGCUUCUACACACGCCAAGAGCAAAUGCAUCCUGGCUGGUUUUAUCGACGUUCACUUUCCAGCGAUGAAGCCAAACAAAUUGCUGCUUCAUACAUCAAUGUCAUACAACAAGAUCGCAAAUAUUUAACAGAUAGACUCGCGAAGUAUGGGGAUAUCAUUGUUAAUCGAUGGAAGAAGAAAAGUCAAGACAAACGUCAGGCGCUGCUACUUGAAGCCAUUCCAAAUUUGUGCAAGAAAGGGUGGAUCAUCCCACGUCAUGGUUUCACCCCUGAAGGCAAGCAGAUCCCGCCCAUAAAUAGCGAUGGUCAAAUGGAACUGCGCUCUCUAGAAACUCACCAUCACCUCCUCCUAAAUUGGUUGAAUUUAGAAGUCCUCAAAACCAACCCCGCUGUUCUUUUUGCUUUGUUGCACAAUCGAACGGUGUAUGCCCCUCAGGACUGGGCGUCAUUUGACUCACGACAGCUCAAGGACUCUUUUCUCUCUGGACACUUCGACGUUGACUUUUCAGCCAAAUGUAUCGUGAUGUAUGGUCUCAGGUACGGGGAGGUGGUGGACUGGAAAGCUGCUCCGGCACACAGAGCGGAUAUUCUUGGGUUCCCCAAGGCACGUCUUGUUAUCGAGGCUCAAGCUCAUCUGAUGGGUUCACUUCGGAGGGUCGUUGACGGCAUACUUCAAGGAAUAGAUGGAAAUACACCUCUUGCAGCGGAAAAAUGGAAAUCUAUGGUUUCGCUGGGAUUUAGGCAUAGUAAUGUCGUGGAAUUGUGGUCACCCUACACCAAUCAAGCAUUCUCAUCGCCUCCAUCGUUUUCUCCCACCAAUCUGAUCUCGUUGGCUCAAACACGAUUAGAAGCAACCGUCGAUCAUCUUUGGCUAUUGCAGACAGAGCCGGCAUACAUGAAACGAUAUAUCGCGGCCAUGUGCCAUGGAGGUGCUUAUGAGUCGACUAAAGAUAUGGGGCCUGGGUGGCUGGUUUUACGGGGGAUCACUGAAGCCAUCAAGUCUUGCUGGAGGUGGGGAUGGGCAAAGAACGAAUGUGAACUUGUCAAAUCAAUUCAUGAUCGAUUUCGAGACAAUAUUGCACAAGGCGAAGAUCUUCCAUCUAAAUAUGAUAAGGCAUUGGGUGCACUAGAACUCUUGGUAGUGAAUGAUGUCAACCGCCGUGGCGAUCUUCUUGGAAAAACGAUUUCACAGAGACCGGGAUUUUCUCACAUUUAUACGACAACAAGAAAAUCCCAAGAACAUGGGCCUGAUAUCCUCGAAGUGAACCGGAAGAACGGCUUGCUUUCUGAUCCAAAAUAUGCAUUUGAGAACGAGCUCUUAGAUUAUUGUUUAGUCCAAUUGCAAAUCGAACCGGAUAUUCAACAAACGCCAAACAAAUUGCCAAAAGAAGUGCCCAUAGAUCAUGCACUAUUAUUCUCUAUUUUAGAGAAUCACCUGACUAAGAGUAAUAUCAAAGAAAAGUCUCGCCUAGACGAGGUCUUAUCAAAUCUACUCUCAGAUCUAGCAGCUUCUCAUGAAAUGUUGGCUGCCAUUCGUUUACAUCGACCCCUAAGUAGACCUAGAACCUUGGAUGAGGUGUUUCAGUCAGAAAAACGAAAAACUUGGAAGGCUUUUAAUGUCAGAAGUCACUUUACCAACAACGACGCUUGUACCAAGCUAGGAAAAGCAUUUUUCAAGAAUUUCCACGAGGUUGAAGCCCCCACUGGUCGGAAGGACAUGGCUUGGUUGAAUCACUCUCAAAACACCAGGAAAGCACUGGAGGCAUUCUGGCAGGGCAUCAGGAAGGACAGUUUGAUGGUUUCGAAGCAGAAUGGUUUCACCGAAGACGAGGUAGCUGAAGAGCUUGGGUGUAUCAGUGCCACCACUACUCAAGAAUACCUAAGUGCUGUCCAAGCUGAGGAACGGCAGCUACUAGCUCAAAUCGAACAGAACCAGAACACCAAAAUCAAUCAAAAGAGCCAGAAAUCUGCCAAAACACCCACACAAACAACUUGGGGCACGGAAGAUUUAACUUCAACCCUUCCAACCCAGAUUAAAGCAAAAGACAAGACUCGCCCCUCUAUCAGUACCCAACCCUCCCCAACUAAUCCCCAGGAACUCGCCAACUACCUAGCAAAUACAACCAUCUCUCCCUCCCCACCCCCCAAAAUCCUCGUCACAAAACGUGCUUACGAAAUUCUCUCCCAUAUGUAUCCCUGCACCGCCGAAGACGCAUCCACAAAGAGUAUCGAAUGGGAUCUUUUCGUACAUAGUAUGUCUGACAUGGGAUUUUGUGCGCGGAAUAAAGGAGGUAGUGCGGUGGGGUUUGAGAGGGAGUUUGCGGAGUUGGGAGAAGGAGAGCGGGAAAAUUAUUUUCCAUCGACCGCAUCCGGUGGCGAAGAUUGA